AUGUCGACUCCGCAAGUGCGACAGAGAGCAUAUAGGACACGGACCAAGUCGGGAUGUUUGACAUGCAAGAAGCGACGGAUCAAAUGCGACGAGACCAGGCCGAGCUGCUUACGGUGUACUUCCACGGGCCGUAAGUGUGACGGCUAUGGCACAAAUACCCUUUCCCUGACGAAUACUUCCCUUCCACGGCCUACGCUUUCUCUUGCAGCCUUUAUGCAUGCGAGAAGCGAGCGAGAAGUUCGAUCGUUCCAGUUCUUCUAUGAAAAGACCGUAUUCUCCUUAGCGGGUUACUGUGGAUCGGAACUGUGGAGCCGCUCAGUAUUGCAGGUCAGUCAGUAUGAGAAGCCUGUUUGGCACGCGCUGGUCGCUCUCGGUGCCUUGCAUGAGAACUUCGAGAAUGACCGACAGAUCCCCGGCUUCUGGUUUAGUCGAGAGGGACACGAUGCUUUUGCCUUGAGGGAGUACCUCGAAGCGAUCAGGGCCCUCUUGAGUCCUUCGAGUUCCGGCAGCAGCCUGUCCUUACAUGGGAGCGGCACCCAUGAAGGGAGGCUCACGGUAGAUGUAUGCCUUAUCUCUGUAGUGCUUUUCGUCUGCUAUGAGAUCAUGUCCAGCCAUUAUGUGGCAGCGGUUAAUCAUAUUCGCAGUGGGGUGAAGAUCCUCGGUGAGGUAACCUACGACCCUAGCACCGGGACAUAUCAUCACCCGUUCCUCAGACCAUCCACUGUACCGAGCCUUGAGAUUGAGAAUCUCCGGGUGCUCCUGCUUAGAUUGCACAGGCAGGCCUUUACACUGGUGAGUGAUAUUCGGUACCUGCCGCGUGGUUGCUCUUGGUCUGGAACGAAUACUAAUGCCUUCGUAAGACACGAGCUGAAGAGGAUGAUCCCUCCUCGACUUCCCUGCAAUGGACUGGAUCUGGAUCCGUCAACAUACCACCGUGCUUUUCGUCCCUUGCGGAAGCGCGCGACAUAUACGAGUUCUAUAACACGCUAUACGGUUCUGCUGCAGAUGUGGUCCAUGGCUUUGGAUUGCUUCGAGCAAGCUCGGGGCCUAUGCUUGACCGUGAGGGAACAGGCCGGCCUGAAAAUCUUGCAGAUUCAUCGGCUCAGGCACAAUUUACUCUUGGACCAGUACAAAUCGGGCUUGUCAAAGUCUAUCGUAUGGGAUAGAUAUAAUGCGGUCUUCAAAGAGAUUAAUUCUUUGGCCGCCUCGGUUGUGGAGAUCUCUCGCGGCAAUGGCGCCCAGUCUAUGUCUCCGGCUCACUCACCAGACUCGCCCUCAAGUCGGCCACCGCUGAAUCCGAGCUUUUCGCUCGAUCUGGGUAUCAUCGAUUCCCUUUACGAUGUUGCUACUUUGUGUCGUGACCCAGUAAUCCGCCGGGAGGCUGUGGACAUUUUGCGAUCGGCAUCCCGCCAGGAAGGUGUUUUCAAUAGUCACGUCUGUGCAGUUGUUGCAGAAAAGGUCAUCGCGUUGGAGGAGAAAGUCGCACUUGAGGGUAGCUUGGAUUACUGUCGUGAUUCUGCCACGGUUGUGAAGUUGAUAUCGGAGAACGGCGUCGGUCGGCACGGGACCAUCUCUCGGUGCUCUGAGGUGCCUGAAAAUGCGCGACUGACCUAUGCAUAUCCUGAAUUCGAUACUGUUGGGAGGCAGGUCUUUUUGACGAUUGGUCAGGAUAGCAGGGUGCAUGCCAAUAUACCUUUACAGGCCAUGACUGUGAUGCUGAAUACCGAGGACGUCUAG